AUGGAGCGGCCAGCAGCCAAUGGCCAGCCAAUGGCCGGCAGCAUAGGGGCUGGCGGUCGGAGGUGCUGGUGGAGCAGGUGGCCGGCCUCGAACACACUCACAUGCAUCCCAAGACGACAGGGUGGGCACUUGCUUAUGCAAUUGCACCGAGCCCAGAACGAUGUGCCGAGCGCUUGGGGGGGGGGCUGCGAGCCCGCUGCCCGAGUGACGAUUGCAAUGGCACAGCAUGUGCGUGGUAGUGGUGAGCAGGCGGGCGGAGGCGGUAGGUGUUGUAGGGUUAAUGACGCCUACCCACCGGCCGCACCCUUGCCCAUGCCAAUGCCAUCUGCAUCCCAGCCCGCUUUCGCCGCCGACGUUGUCACCGCCACCGUGGUGUUCGGGCUUGGGGAUCGAUGUGCAAAGGUCACGCUGAUCGCAGCACCACAGCUCCGCAUCGCCGUACUCGUCUGCUGUCACUGCUACCUUUACUUGCACCAUCCCAUGGCCCCCGCUCGCCGACACCUACCUAAACGUCUGACGCUUCCGUGGGCCACCUGUCGUGGGAGGCAGCAACUCAACGGCCGCGGCGGCACAAUUUUUUUUUCACGCAUGGCGAACGGGCCCGAGGUGACGGUGGUGGAUAUCGCCAUCAGGCUGCGAUUCGUGGGCUAUGCGUCUUGA